AUGACGAACGUUUGCGUACAACCAGAAAUUACUCAGCAAUAUUGUAAUAAGCCUGCCGGUGAUGAUUCAAGGUAUCCAUCCGGGAUUGAUGACAACAAAGGAGAGAAAAAUAGUACCGUAUUGAGGUGA